GGAAGAGGAAUCAAGUUGAAAACAAAUGAAUGGGUGUUGAAAGAAAGCGAUUUUGAGAGGUUUGACUUUGUGAUAGUUGGAAGAUCUCAUCCUCUCUAUAUUCCUCGUCUCGUUCGGAGAGAGCCACAAAAGACCAAACAACAUCACCAGACAAACAAACGCAGAUAGAUCACUUUGACGGCGCACUGAAUCGUGCUACCUUUGACCUCCCCCUCAACUGAAUUCUUGAUUGGUGACUGUGUUUGUUGCUUUCCGCGGAUGAUGCUACCGAUUGUUGUAGGAUGACCAGGUUGAUCAAGGUGUGGUGAUCAGAAACCCUCACAAAAGGGAGCCAUGUCAAGGGAAUGAAGCUUGGAUUCGAGGAGAGUAAAUGGGGUGUAUAAUUGGCAGAGAAGUGUCAUCGGGAAUAAUCUCCGAGGUGAAGGAGGAGAAGAGUGUGAGUGUUGAAUCAAACAAGAAAGUUGAUGAAGUGCCCACAAGCAGUGCUGAGGAGAACGUGGUAGAGGCUCUGAAUGGUGAGAAGGAGAAAGAGAAGGAGAAGGAAGAGAAUGGUGGUGGCGAUGGAGUCCGGGGAACGAAGGAUGACAGAAGAAGGUCAAAGCCAAAUCCAAGGCUAAGUAAUCCACCGAAGCAUUUGCAGGGGGAGCAAGUAGCAGCUGGGUGGCCACCUUGGCUAACAGCAGUGUGUGGUGAAGCUCUUAGUGGGUGGAUUCCGCGAAAGGCUGACACAUUUGAGAAAAUUGAUAAGAUUGGUCAAGGAACUUAUAGUAAUGUAUACAAAGCUAAAGACACAUUGACGGGUAAGAUUGUUGCACUGAAGAAGGUUCGAUUUGACAAUUUGGAACCUGAGAGUGUAAAAUUCAUGGCCAGAGAGAUUCUUAUUUUGAGAAGAUUGGAUCAUCCCAAUGUUAUAAAGCUAGAAGGUUUAGUUACAUCCAGAAUGUCCUUGAGUUUGUACCUGGUGUUUGAUUACAUGGUGCAUGAUUUAGCUGGACUUGCUGCAAGCCCUGACAUAAAAUUUACAGAGCCACAGGUUAAAUGUUACACUCAUCAACUGCUAUCAGGACUUGAGCACUGUCAUAGUCGAAACGUACUUCACCGUGAUAUUAAAGGAUCAAAUCUUCUUAUUAACGAUGAAGGGAUACUUAAAAUUGCUGACUUUGGCCUUGCAUCUUUCUUUGAUCCAGACCGCCGGCAUCCCAUGACUAAUCGUGUAGUUACCCUUUGGUACCGCCCCCUUGAGUUGCUUCUUGGUGCCACAGAAUAUGGUGUGGCCAUCGACCUUUGGAGUGUUGGUUGCAUUUUAGGAGAGUUAUUGGCUGGGAAACCUAUUAUGCCUGGACGUACGGAGGUGGAACAACUGCAUAAGAUAUACAAACUUUGUGGAUCACCUUCUGAUGAGUAUUGGAAGAAGUCAAAGAUGCCUAAUGCUACCUUGUUUAAACCUCGACAGCCAUACAGGAGGUGUAUAAGAGAGACAUUUAAAGAUUUUCCACCUUCAUCUCUGCCCCUUAUUGAGACUCUUCUUGCUAUUGAUCCAGCAGAACGAAAGACUGCCUCAGAUGCUCUAAGAAGUGAGUUCUUUACCACAGAACCUUAUGCUUGUGAUCCUCUUAGUCUUCCAAAAUAUCCCCCAACAAAGGAAAUGGAUGCUAAACGACGGGAUGAUGAAGCAAGGAGAUCAAGAGCUGCUGGCAAAACUGGUGUUGAUGGUCCAAAGAAGCAUCGGAGUCGCGAACGCGCUGCCAAAGCUGCUCCUGCUCCAGAAGCCAAUGCUGAGCUUCAAUCCAACGUGGAUAGAAGGCGAUUAAUCAGUCAUGCAAAUGCAAAGAGCAAGAGUGAAAAGUUUCCUCCACCGCAUGAAGAUGGACAACUUGGCUUUCCUUUGGGAUCUUCUAAUCACAUUGAUCCAGAUAUCAUACCUUCUGACAUCUCUUUGGGUUCAACCUCGUACACCUUUUCAAAGGAACCAUUCCAAGCUUGGUCAGGUCCAAUUGGUAAUCCUGCCAGCAUUAGUAAGCAGAAGAAACACACUACUGGUGAUGAUGCAUUGGAUUUGUCAAAAUCAUACAAAGGAACUCUCAAGCAUAAAGUUAAAGGAAAAAAAAUCCCAGCCUAGAUACUAGGUACAUUCUUGUAGAGUCAAAUUAAGAAAGAACAUGUUCUGUUGCCCCAUUUUUGGUGUUGGAGUCCAUCUGCUUGAAAAUGUGUCAUGCUACAUGCUUGCUUCUUAAGGUUAAUUCCUUAUUAUCAAGGAGUAUAACCAUUUUCCCCCAUUUUUAAACCUCCAUUUUUUUUUCAUAGUUUAAUCUUUUGGAUUUUAUUUAUACAGAGGUUUUUCUGGGGAACUUGUUAAGUCUGUUGGUAUUACAGAGAAUUACUGUGAUGUACAUCGUGAUUUUUUUUUUUCAUUGUCAAUAUCUGAAUUAUAUUUCACACA